ACUAUGAAACCUACGUGGGUGACGUCAUCAAGAAGCGACAAGACACUGAAUUUCUUGAACAGUACUACGGUGGUGGUUUGGACUUUGCUUAGCAACAAAAUAUCCCUACUUAUUAUUAGAGCUGCGAGGGAACGACUGCUCUGGACACAUUAAACGAUGAAACGAGUAGGGAUGAAUGGAAGAUAACUUUCACACCAGUGGUUCCCUUGAUCAAGUACAAAAAAAAAAAACGAUGGGUCAGCAGAUUUCAAACCAAACUCACACUGUCCUCAACAAGCUGCCAGACAAGGUGGUGAAACACGCGUCCUUGGUACGGGAGAGUGGCGCUCUCUCCUACGAAGAAUUCUUGGGGAGAGUAGCAGAACUUAAUGAUGUCACCGCAAAACUGGGUGCUGGCCAAGAGAAGCAUUUGCUGUUUGAGGUUCAGACUGGAUCUGACUCCUCUGCUCUUUGGAAGGUUGCUGUCAGGAUAGUUUGCACUAAGAUUAACAAGGCUACUGGGACUAUUGAAUCAUCUAGAAUAAUGAACUUGUAUCAGUUCAUCCAGCUUUACAAAGACAUCACCAGUCAGGCAGCUGGGGUUCUGGAAUUAGGAGCUACAUCUGAGGGAACUUCUGAGGAUCUUUCUUCAGUGUCAUCUUGUCAAGCCAGUAUCUGGAUGGGCAGGGUGAAGCAGCUGACAGAUGAAGAGGAGUGUUGCAUCUGUAUGGAUGGUAGAGCAGACCUGAUCUUGCCUUGUGCUCACAUCUUCUGUCAAAAAUGCAUUGAUAAAUGGAGUGACCGCAAUCGAAACUGCCCUGUUUGCCGCUUGCAGGUUACUGCAGCCAGUGAAUCUUGGAUAAUGUCUGAUGCACCAACAGAGCACGAUAUAGCAAGCUAUAUUCUGAACCUGGCGGAUGAGGCAGGGCAACCACAUAGACCCUGAACACAACAGCCUUCCUCUGUUACUGAUAAAGUGGUCCUUUUAAGGUUUGUAAGUAGGGAAUUAAAAUGAAAAGUAUCUGUUCCACUGCUGUGUGUUUGCCAAUGCACCCAAAAUAUCUUAGAUUAAAGUUUAGUAUGUUAAUGUUAUGUUAUUGACAGACCAUGUUAGUUGACAGAAAAUGGAAGCCCUGCAGUGAUUUAUAAACUAUUGAUUACAUAUUUGUGCGUAUUUAUUUGCUUUCAGAUGUCUUUUACUAACCUUUAUUCUUUAAUUGAAUUUAUGUUGGUGGUGUUUCUGUUUUAUAAUAUAGCACUAAAAUUAUGAUUUUUUUUAUCAUUAUAUAAAGUGUGAAAAAAUGCUCCUUGAUACUCAGUCUUUACGUUAAAGUUCAUAUGUUUGCACCUUUUAAAAAAUAAUAAUUAAAACAUAAGCUGUGUAUUUCUUUGUCAGUGUUGCAGAAGAAUAAUCUAUUUGGAAGUGUACUGUGAAACAAGAAAUGUCUGUGACUAAACUUUGCGGUUGGGAAAGUUUACAUUUUUAUUACUGCAAUAUAAAUACUGUGUGAAUUGAAAAAAAAAAUCUUGUUUUCCAGCAACAUUUUUAGAGGGCACAUCAAAAUAUUUUUGAGAAGUUAAUUCAUGUGGAAUUAUAUAGAGGUUUUAAAUGUAAAUAUUACAUUAUUUUAUAAGGAUCAUAGUUUUACUUAAUAAAAUUAAUCACUAGAUUAAUUAUAUAUAAACCUAUUUUUAUAGUGUUUGACUUAACCCCAAAUUGGUAUACUACAGGUAAUAGGUAACUUACGUUUCUCUCCUAAAUUGCAGUACCUUCUGAAUUCCUGUACAGUAAAAAAUAGUCCAAUCCAGUAUGCACAGUUAGUACCAAAAAUACAAAUGUUUGUGCUGGAAGUCUUUAUGCGUUUCUAAAUCUUGUGCCUUUUGCUGAGUGCAUUUACUCCAUUGGUAUUAAGGAGAGGUUCAAGUGAACCAGGUUGAAACCCCACAAGUUAGCUCAGUUACAUAUACUGAUGGCUUAUCUUUACCUAGUUAAAUUGUAGUGAUGAAUUAUUAUCCUGAAAGGGUUUGAUAAGGAGUAAAGUACACGCACUGAUUGAUCAGGUGUGAAAGUGUACGUACUGAUUGUGGUGAACUGAUUAACUUAUGUACUUGUAUAAUAUUUUAUCUGUUUUUAUUUGUCGGUUUCUUAUUUUCAAUUAUUGUAAAAUGCGUCUUAAAGGAUAGUGUUGCCCUACUCCUUUUUCAUUAUUUAAUGGUCGCUACAGUACAUUUAUUUUGGUUUUCAAACUUUCAUUUUAUUGGAAUGUGAAGUUCCUGCUUCAGAUCCCAGUAUAUUACAUGUAUGCAUGUAUUGAUUUGCACUUUAUCGUAUAAAAUAAUGUACUCACAAUAUUACUGAAUUGAAUGUGUUUGUUGAUAUUACAAAAUGGGCACACUGGAAUGUAAAGUAAAAAAUAGUAAUCUGAUAGACCACUGAUCUGAUGUAAGGGUUUUAUUGUAUUUUGUUUUGUUUUUGUCAAGCGUGACCAGAAAAUGAUAUGACAUACUAAAUCAUGUCUAUUUCAAAUAUCUAUUGAUUUUGAUGACGAAAUCAAUAUAUUUAGUAGUAAAGCAUGUUUGGCAGGAUUUACUGUAAACCCUGACAGGUGCCCCAUAUUUGAAAUGCUUGAACCCACUAGAUGGCGCUCUGAUACCACAAGCAUCUAGUACCCUGGACACUAUGUUAAAAUGCUGCAGAGGAAACUCUUACAACUGGAGUAAUUGAAUGAAUACUUCAAUCACAGAGCCUGUUCAGGUUCGAUACAUUUCUUAGGCCUGAAAAAAAUAAAAGGAAACAAUAUUAAACUUUAUUGACCAUAGUCUUCUGCCAUUUGGUAAUUCUUCACAGGACAAAUAACAUAUUUCUGUAUGUUUGUAUAUUUCUGUUGACCUACCGGUAUGUGUGCACUUCCCUUACGCAUUAAAUCACAAUAAAACUUUUACUCACAAUGUU